AUGACCGUCUUGCUCUUGGAAGCCACGACGGGAAGGCAGCACGAGAGGCGACAGCGGCAGAUCGAGAUGCCCUGUCUCCCGGAGACAAGUAUUCUGAUCGAUCAGUGUCGCAAGCACUACGCUCUCGUGGCCAGAAGAGGUCCGGGUCGGCGGGGGAACCACAGAGACGACGCGCAAGCGUUCACCGCAGCAGCUACUGUCACGACGAUGGCCCAUGUGCUGCGCGCCGCGGCUUCGUUUCUCAGCGACAACGACAAGGAGGCCGUCAUGAAACAGAUCGUGAGCAUGACGCUCGAUACUGGAUGCCCCGUUGCCCUGGCUCAAGAGCUGCUAGCAGCAUUGGUCGCUUUAGCGGAUAGAGACCCAGCUAAGAUCUUGGAGGUAUACGGAUCCCGACUGUGCUUCUACUGCGACUCCCAGACUGACCCGAACAUGCAAGAUCAAGUUGCCGAGGUGGGAGGAAUGAUUCGGGCGCUAGAGCACUUUACGAGGGUGCUUUUCACGGGUGGACAGAGCGACCUGUGUGCGCAGUUCCUGUACGCCGACGUGUCGUCGGCCUCCCUCGGCGCCGCGUCUUUCUCUUCCAACCUCUCUGAAGAGGAUCUGAACGAUCUGCUGUGUGGACGGAAGGACUACCCUCACGUGGCCCAGCUGAUCAACGGAUGCCUUGCCUCUCGCCUAGCUUCAGUCCGUCGCUGCGCUUACGAGACCCUGUCCAACGUCGCUCUCUUCGCGAAGGCACACCGGGGCCCCAAGGCGUUCGACAUGCUGCUGCGGUUGCGUCUCGGGGGGGCGGAAAAAGACCCUCGAUUGAUCGCCGUUUUGGCUGCGCUCGUCUGGGAAGUGGUGUUUGUGGACCAGGCCCUGCAAGACGAACGCCUGGUCGGCUCCGGAACACCCGGCUCCUACGGACUAUUGGACGACCUGUUUGCAGAGUCGGUAGAGGUCCGCCUGGUGGCCUUCCACUCGGUGAGCCGCCUCCUCUUCCACGCGUGGAUCCCGAAAGAGGGCGAUGCGGUCAACAGAGAACCUCCGCCUCCGCGCCGCCAAUCACGACGACACCGUAGCAACCGGGGCAUUCAGGAACCGGAAGGGGGGGAGGAGUAUUGCGACGAAGAUAACGACGAGGAUAGCGACCAGGAUGGCGACGAGGAGCUACGAUUUCGUCCUCCUGGUCGAUCAUCGUCGCCCGGCUACAACAACGUCCCCGCCUGUGCCGAGCAAGCAGUGCUCCGAGUCUCCCUCAUCCUCCACGAGACCACCAGCGUCAACGACAACAAAAGGAGGCGGUUCGACCCCAGGGUCAGGGCGGCCGCCCGCAGCCUCGCCUCCGGCCUCCGAGCCCGCAAGAGGAGGGCCAGGCACCUGCUCGAGCGCUCGGUACUGCUGGUGGUAGACCACGGCCUGGCGAACGGCUCUUUGGACGGGCUGCGCGUGCGGUUUCCUCCCCCGGCUCCGCCUAGGUCAAGCGGUGGCGGCGGCGGUGUUGGGCUGGAACCGCCCUCGGCCAUGUCUGUGUCUUCCGGCGAUGAGGACGGCGACCGUGGGGACACUGAUGAUGGCACGUACGGUGCUGGUAGUGGUGUCGCCGGGGGGCGCUUUGGGGCGACAGGGCUGGACGAUGGAGGCCGACGUCGGCGUGGUCGUGAGCUUGGAGGGAGGAACCUCGGUCGUGGUGCAGGUGGAGGGCAGUCGACGGCAAGGCUGAGCAAGGACGCCCUUCAGUACGCGUCGGCGGUGCACUUUCUGGUUGCGAUGCUGUCGAGGGAACGCCAAGAUUCGGUGACACUGACCAUAGAAUCGCGCCUUGCCGACUACUUCGACGGCGACGAAGACUUGUGGCUCAUGACGGAGCGAGGGGGCACAGGGAUGGGAACUUCGUCGGACUGGAGGGGAUGCGGCGGAGGCAGCGGCAGUCGCAGCUGCAACGUUGACGCCAGGGCGGCCGCGGCAUGGCUCGCGGGCGGCGUUGACGCGGGGCACAGCAGCAUCCUCGCAGAGAGCUAGCCAGGUAUACCUGUCGGUGGCCUUCGUGUGCACACAACCGCAGCGCUGCGUGUACCCCCAUGUUUACAUGUUUUCACCGUACCUUAGAGUGCCAGCGGACGACCGUCUGCAUGGUCAUGCAUAUCCUGCUCUACUGUUGACCUCCCGCAUCACGAGAGAAGGAACACUGGUCCCGGCAUUGACGCGUUUGAAUCCUUCUCCGGUAUCGCCAAUCGUUUCGCGCUUUAUCGUAUGGUUGUUUCCGGCUAUAUGCGGCAACCUCCACCUUUUUCCUGUGUUGCCGGAGGGAGGGUCCAAAGAUUGAGGUGCUGGCCGGGGUGUUUGGCUUCCAACUUCCGUGUAUUGUCUCCCGAUUUUUUCGUCGUGAUAUCCGGUUGGUUGGUUAGCCAAGCGAGCGUGGAACACCUUCGAGGAUGGUGCGGAGUAUGUCAAAAUGGAUAGUUCGUGUAUUUUUCUGUUCGUGGAAAACCAAACUUCGUCACGAUCGGUGAAGAGAGGGGGGUGGGGGUACUCGAGCUUGGCCUCAACUCUCCGCAAGAGUGAGAGGCGUGAAUGAUUCCGUUGUGCGGGGGGAUUUCAUUAGGAUGCUUUUCGAGUUCGGUCACUAGAAGAGAGAGAGGUCAUGUCCUUGUGUAGAGC